UGGUUGCUGUUCUAUUAUUUUGUAGGAGAAAGAUUUGUGGCUAAUGUAUAUAAAAUGUUGAUAUUUUGACUAAUGAUUAGUUUAGAGCUGUGACCAAUAACUGUUACCUUCACUUAUCAGCGUUCAACUUACUUGGCUUGUCAUGGACGAGGGGAGAAUGAGCGUGGAUUCAGAUGAAGGGGAAAUGAUAAUCAAUGAGAUUGAUGGCUUGCCCAAUCUUCACCCUAACUACAAUGAUCUUCAAUUAAAUCAGCCUACAUCCCAAAUCGAGCCUAGGACCAUUGAUGAGCUUAUACAUGAUGAGGAUUUGCCAAUGUCUGUAAUUGUUACCAACUUGGAUAACUCCCUUUUCAAAAAAGACGAUCUCAAGAAAGAAAUAGAAGCAUUGUUCAAGCAGUUUGGUGAAGUAGCGACUUUCCAGUACUUCCGCAGCUUUAGAAGGAUGAGAGUCAACUACAGCUGUCCUACGGCUGCGGCUAAAGCAAGAAUCCAAAUGCACCAAACCCAAUUUCUCAACUCCAUCAUUAACUGUUAUUUCGCUCAGCCCGUGACACCUAUAGAUGCAGCAGAUCAGCAUCUACAGCCACCUGCGCUCACUAAACAGUUUCUCAUCUCGCCGCCUGCCUCUCCUCCUAUUGGCUGGGAGCCGAGAGAUGAGGGGGAACCACUCGUCAACUACGAUCUGCUCGCAGCUAUUGCCAACCUCACUCCAGGGGAGACCCACGAGCUUCACGCUGCGUCUGGCAGUCAGCCUGGCAUUGUCGUACAUGUCUGUGAGGAAGGCGUCACUGCGGGAGUUAAGGGAGCACGAAUAGCCCACACACGCUGCCCUCAACCCGACAACUGAAUCAGUUAUUCUACUAGUUGAAGUAAUAUAAUUUUGCAUAUCAUGUAAUUUGUGAUUGUUCACAUCGGUUCUUUGGUACAGUAGACCCUCUCUAAAUCGUAUCAUCCGCUGGGAUUGUCAGCCCCUGCUCGAGCUAACCCUAAUUAAAUGGUUGUUGCUUUUCUUGGAAUCUAGAGAUUUUCGCUUCCAUCCUAAUUGCAGUAAUAACUUAGAGUCGUUCCCUGACAGGCUGUUUUUCUUUUAAUUUUCAAUACUACUCGAGUACAGUAUAUUAUAUUUUAUAAAACUUUGCAUUUAACCAAACAUUUAUUCUGCUGAGUUGUUCACAAGAAUAGUAUCAAUAAUUUAUUGAUUCAUUUUAUACAGUUGCAUGUUUUAGCUAACCCAGGCGCGGUCUCGUAAGGGUUGGGUUAAGAGAGCGUGUACUGUACCUAUAAAUUACCAUCGACAAUGAGAAAAAACAUAUAUAAAAUUAUUAGAGCUUGAUUGUCAACCGAUUCAGUUUCAGUUCGGCUUGUAGUCUAAGACGAAGAUUAGUAGCAGUGUUAGCUGGGGUUCAGAAUAAGAGAUGUUAGACUAUUUUUUAAUGUUAGUUGUUAACGAGUCAGAUUUAUAAAUGAUACUUAUGAUAGGAUGAUGUAAAUAUGUGAUGUAUAUAUUUGUGUUUUGUUUCAAAAGAUUUUCCUAACGGACUCUAUUUAUUUUAGUGUUAAGUGUGCGCUUGACUUAUAUAAAUAAUGUUAAAAUACGAAUUAGUUGCGUCUAGUUAGUUGCAAGCUAAGAGAGUCGACGCUUUUAUAUAUUGCUUUUUAAAGAGUAGUGUAUUUUGAAUUUCACUGUCAAAAGUCAAGUUAACUUUGAUGUCAGUUUACAUACAUCUUAUAGGAGCAAGCAACAAAUGCUUUAUUAAAAGUGUAGAUGAUUUCACUCUAGCUUAAUUCUUACAGUAAUAUAUUUUUUUUAAUUAUUCAACGAUCUUUUUCGAGUUUAAAGUUUGCAAAGAUUUACUUAUAACUGGUCCGUUGGAUCUUUUUGUGAUGGCUUUGUAUUUUAUUAAGUUUAUUUUACAAUUUAAUUUUUAAAACAAUUCCCUUCACCUUUAAUAUGUUUUUACCAAUGAGUAAAAUAUUACAAAUCAUUGUUUUCAAUUAGUUUCAGUACUAUAUGAAUUAUUACUCCAUUGAUUUCCAAAAUACCAUUGUACUCAAGACGCCACUCAAUAGGCCACGAGUGAAAUGAACAACAUCAACCCUAAAAACAAUCUAAACCUAUAUUAUCACAAUUUUGAAAGUCUUGUUUGGAAGCAAACAAAUCUCAACUACAAAAUCCAGUGACUCAACAAUUUAUUGUUUUGAUUUUUCUUCAAUGUCUACAGAACUCACUUAAGUAUUAAAUCUUCAAACUAUUGUUGUCCAUUUCAUUUAAAACUGUUCAAACAGCUCACAAUAUUCAGUACUUUAUUAUUAUUCGGAACAUUUGUUUUUAGAGCAUUAAGGUUAAGCUGCUGUGUCUAUAGGUUGGUGGUCCGAAUAAUAACAAAUUAUUCAAUAUUCACUGGUUGCAGGGCCGUAUUUAGAUCCAAUGAGGCCCCCGGCGGCUUUCACCAGAGAGGCCCCUCUAUAUUCUGAUUCUUUUAAGGUUGGAACUAAGGGUUUAUAAGUACACAUGGAAUUGCUUCAACUUGAUGAAUUGAAUUGACCUAUUGUUUCCAACAAUCCGAUCGGCAAAAAGACCUAGGAGACUAGCUAAUAAGUAAGUCUAUUAAAUUUUUUUAAUAAUAAUAUUAGGGGUCUUAGGUUGGGGCCAGACAUUUUAAUUUCUUUCAGGUUGAGUAAAAAUGUUGACCUUCAGACAUCGGAUCAAUGGGGUAGUUUAAAAAAAUAAUUAAUUAAAAAUAUAAUAAUUGAUAUAGGCCUUCUAUAAUUGGUCUUUACAAAAUAAAUUAUAGUCACCGUUAACGGCGAAAUUGUAAAGAUCUCUUGCAGUCACGAAGGUUUCAACGUCUCCCGCGAUCGCGGUGAAACAGAUUAUCGACGAAAUAAAUUUGUCAAGAAAAAGAAAUUUAGGCCCCCUCCUAGGCCGAGACCCCCGGCACAGCUGUGUUCGCCAUUAGGGAAAUACGGCCCUGACUGGUUGUUUUUAUUGGUGUUUCAUUGUAAACGUCACCUUCUACCUUGUGUACUUUCUUUGUAAAUGUAAUGUAACUUGGAUCUUGUGUCUCUAUGUUUAAAGUUUAAAAUGUAUGUUUUAAACUAAGACUUGUGAUGUAUGUGAAGUUUAGCACCUGGGUGUUUAACUUAACUUUCUAGGGUGUUUCAGGCACAGCUGGUUAUUCAAAAUUUUCAUAUCUAUCAAUCUGUUUUUUGAUUGUGCACCAGUUUAUUUAUUUUUGUUAGUACUUGUAAUUUUAGUUUCAAAUACACACACUCACAAUUUAAUACAUGAAUAGUAUGUAGAGUCGACUAUAAGAUCUUAUUUUGGUGCUUUUUCUCUUAUUUCAUUACAUUGUAUAGCUUCCACAAUUUUGAGCUUGCUAGAUUUCGAGUUAGAUAGCAAUUUAAUAGGCAUAGCUUGAUCAAGUUGUCUGGGCAUUGAAAACUUUGAAUUAAAUAGAAUUAUUGAUAAAGAGAUUUUAAUUAAGUUAUACAAUACAAGUGACUCUCGCUCAUCUGGAUCGGCCUUGUCCGGAUCGGCAAAAAUUAUUUUUUUGUGGCACAUUACAGUAGAAUCCGAUUAUCCGAGCUAAACUGUAAAAAAGCUGUAAAAAUUAUUACCGGUGGAACUGCAUAUGCAAGGCUAUCAAUACUGUGGACCUGGAACAAAAUUGAAAAAAACGGCUAUAUACAGUACCGUAUUUGCUUGAAUCUCGAUAGUCCGGAUUUAUCCUAAUCCUGACCGUACGUCCGCCACAUUAGUUGGGAUGAGCGAGAGUCUACUGUACUUCUAAUUAGUUAUUUAAGAUUGACAGCUUAAAGUUACCCUAAUGUUUAGUGAUGAAAUGGCUUUAAUGACAAAGAAUUGUCUUCAAUAGGUGUUAUUUUUUGUACAGAUUUUUGAUUAUAAGGGCUGUCUGUAAAUUAUGGUCUCCUUCGUAAUUUCUGGUCAUGUGAUCUAGUUCAAUAUGAGACCGGUGCCAUGUUCUUUACUUUAUCCACAUCAAUUGGAGUUGGUUUCUGUUAACUGGCUAAGGAUUUCAAUGUUAGAUGACUCCCUUCCCACAAAGACCUUAUAGGAGAUUCAUACUUGACAGGACCAUUCACUUACAUUGCCAUCAACUACUACGAAAAACUAAUGGAUAUUGAAUGUAGGGAAUGAAGUAAAGAACAUUGUGUCGAUUUCAGAUUUUACCUAGCGACAGGGGCCCAAUGAAGACUUAAUUAAUGGACACCCUUUGUAAUUUAAAGGAUAGAGUAAAAACAGUAAUAUAAUCAAAAUGUAAGUUUCAGUCAUUUGUCUUCCACAGAAUACAAUCCUUAUCAAAUGUUAUGUCCUGUCAAGAUUACUCUGAACUAUAAACUAAUAAAUUAUUAGGACUAAUUUGUAACUACACAGAAAAACCCCAUUAACCGAAGUGAAAAAGGCAAAGCCGUGUUUCGGGUGACCUAUUUUUUCGAUUUAUCAUAAGAUAAAAAUUAAAGGCUUUUUCAGCUCAAAAUGAUCUACAACAGUUGUUUAUUUUGUUAUUUGAUCUGUCAUCUUAAAAUCUUCUAUUACUACAAAUUUGAUCACAGUGGACAUUUAUCGUUGUCGUGCUGGCCUCUUUGUUUGAUUUUUUAUUAUCGUUUGUUUGUUUUUUUAUAAACCUAGGUUUCAAUUUUACAAUAGUUCUGUUAAAAGGGGUUUUAUUGUAUUACUACCUGGGUUAGACAUUAGGUCUGAAAAUUCUAUUGAUUUGAGAAUAUCUGCAGUAAUCAAUUCUAUAAAAAAUCCAGUAUGAACAAAUCUUUACCGAUGAAUUUAUUUUUAUUUUACCCAUACCAUCACGAUCCCAAAAAUUAUGAAGUAAUUCUUAGUUAUCCUUUUUCUCAAAAUUCUUUAUUAGCCUAUUAGUCUAGUGUGUUAGCAUUGUGAUUGGCUUAACAUUUUAUUUUCUUGGAUCAAAUCGUGCUGAAUUCAUUAAACUAACAGAAGCUACUUUCUCAGCUAUUUUCCGUCAUUAACUUUCCUGAACAUUUAAUUGUGAUAUUGCCAAAAUGUCAUGGCUUGUAUGAGAUGUUUCAUGAAAAUAACACCAAAUAAAUUGUAAAUAUUCAUUGUUGGGCUAAUUUAAUUUAUUUGUAUGUAAAAUGUCCGUAAUCAGGAAAACAACUUCGCCGAUCGUAGAUUUAGAAUGUCAAGAAUUUGAAGGACAAUAUUUUUAGGAUAUAAACUACUGUGGGUAAUGACUAGAGCACCGGGAAGAAACGAUUGAAGGAAUUUUCAAAAACAGUUUAUCUCAGCUAUUCGACUGUGCCAGCUAGGUGUUUUUUGUUAACUGAGCAAAAACAUGGGUUGAACAAUGAGUUAUGCGUUUCAACCUUGAAAAUUUUGAUAGGACGAUUUCAAUUUUCAAUUUCUAAAAACUUUCGAUAAUGGUAGUAUUGAUUCUUGAUGCUUCGAAAGUUUGGAUUCAAUACAGAUUCAAGAAUCUUCCUGCAAUCAAGGCCAGCCGAGAUUAACUCUGGCCCAGACGUCAUUCGGGUAAUGUUAGAUAGUAACAAGACCAGGAUUAGAACUGUUCCCAUAGGCAAAAUGUAAAAAAUACCUCGAUGAUGACAAAAUUAUCAAACAUACCUUCAGAAAAAUUAAAAAAAUUCUUUCAAAAAGUUUCUAAUUUUCAAUGUCUACUAUUAAAUAUUGAAUGUGUAGGUAGAUAUUUAUUAUUCAUGAUUAAACCAAACAUACCACAAAAUCUUUCUUUGAAUAAUUUAGUAAAUUUCCCUAGUUAAUUGUAAACCAAUUUGUUUUUAUCCAUGAAGUAGGCCUAUCUUAACAUGGUCUAAAGUUGGGAUGGCGAGUGGAGACUGUUGACUUCACAACUCCACAUUGCUGCAGUGCUGUUCCUGUCACUUGUAUCUGUGCACUGAUCUGUUUUGUCCCUAAGGUCUGCUAAGACGUGUUGCAAAGGCAUUAGGAUUCUGCCAUAACCAGCUUAAAUGCCCUAACUAUUUGAGUGGUGGCCCUGUAUUUUUCCUAGCAACCAUUUUACAUUCCUUGCACUCAAGUCCGUUGCCCACAGUAGUUAACUUUCCCCUUAAAUUUGGUUUCCGGGAUGCAAUCUAAGAUUAAAAUGAUACUAAGAAUACUCAGAUGCAAGUCAGGAUUUGGUUGAAAUAUUUAAAAACAUUUUAAUCUCACCAAGAUCUUAUCUUUUUGGAACUUGUGUGUUUAGCAUUUUUGUAGCAAGUGAAGUAUGUAUUUUUGUAAACAUUACUUUUAACUUAAUCAAAUUUUCUUGUGUUUACCAUAACCUGUUCCUAUUAUGAUUUUAUGAAUUUGUUAAUUCAUCCAUUAGUAGAGAAUUUUGUAAAAAUUCUCUUUAACUAAUUUAGUUGAUCGUAAACUUAAAAUGUGUUAUUUAUAUGUAAAUAAAUACCAUCAUUCGUUGUACCUUUGACCACUAUUGCGAAGUAGACAUUCCAUGCCAGUUGUAAAGUUAUUGCCAGUUUACGAGUAAAUAUAAAUUAUUUCAACUGAGCCCCAAUUUGAGUAUGAUAUUGUUAAAUAUUUUAUUUAUAAUUAAUUAUUUCAAUCACUUAAAUUAUCCCAAAAUGAUAAGCAGCUUGAAAAAAAUAGUAUCUUUUAUACCGCCAACUAUUAUAGAAUGAAAAACUUUUUAGAAUAUGACAUCAUUACACACUACUUGAGAAGCUCAUUCACGUAUGUAUUUCUCUUUUGUGUAAGAAACUCGCGCUACAACUGGUUUGUAUAAUAUGGAAUCUCUAUUUCAGUGUCCAAAAGUCAAUGGUAUUAUGUAAAUAAUAAAAAUAAUAAAUAUGUAAUAAAAUUAAUUUUUAUUUUCAUAUGUCUAUUUUAUUAGAGAUUGGCAGUUAAAAGAAAACAUUUUUGCACAAAAAUUAUUUUAAGAAUAUUUGGUAAGGUAGCUUAUUGAAUUAGGUUUUACAUUUUGAAUUAGGUCUACUCUAAAGUUGUUAACUGUAAUUAUGUUAUAUGCACAGUUGAUUUAUUUUACAUUUUCUUUUGAACUGUUGAUAAAAAUAUAUUAAAGUGUGUUUGA